UUCUCAUUUCUGUGCGCCCUGCUGACAACCGUUCGGAUCUCAGUCUUUUUACUUCGGAUUCGCACUCGGUGUAAUGCUUUGAGUUGUCUGAUCGUAUUCUUCAUCCAUCGUAAUCCCAGAAGUUAAGUUUUAAAUAAGUGUCAAGAUGGUGCGUAUGAACGUGUUGAGUGAUGCUCUCAAAUCCAUCAACAACGCCGAGAAACGAGGCAAACGCCAAGUCUUGAUCAGGCCGUGUUCCAAAGUCAUAAUUAAGUUCUUAAAAGUCAUGAUGAGCCAUGGAUACAUUGGUGAAUUUGAAAUAGUUGAUGAUCAUAGAGCUGGUAAAGUUGUUGUCAACUUGACUGGUCGUUUAAAUAAAUGUGGUGUCAUUUCUCCAAGAUUUGAUGUACCUAUUAGAAAUAUUGAAAAAUGGACCAACCAACUUCUGCCAUCUAGACAAUUCGGAUUUGUAGUGCUGACCACUAGUGGAGGUAUUAUGGAUCACGAAGAAGCCAGACGGAAACAUUUAGGAGGCAAAAUCUUAGGAUUUUUCUUUUAAAGUAUUGUACGUUUUUAUCUUUAAUUUGUAUGACUAAUAAAAAAAAUGUACUA